AUGAGUUACAUAUUGAAAGUCAAGUCUCAAUUGAAUGACGUAUUCUCUCAAUUUGGUAAAUAUAUAGCACCGACCUAUUAUCACGACAGGUGUGAAAGGUCAUUGCAAAUGUAUUUGUAUGUUAUGCACAAACGGGAGAUUCUGUUAUCACUGUUAGCCCUGAUAUCUGCGUACAUAUUGUUAUUAUUCAUUGGUUUCGCCGGUCCUAACGUACACAAAGAAAACCAGAUAACAGCCAAACAGAUUUUCGACGAUUCGAGCAUUAAUGAGACCUACAGAAGCGGUCUCAUGUCUUCGGGACCAUUUGUGGUCACAACAACAUCUCUCAACACUUACUCUCAACAGCUCUGUUUGUUUCUGACAUUCCAUCUGAAGAACGAAGAAGCGUCGGAAGCAUUUCAUAAGGAGAUCGGUGUCGACAUACAGUUGGACGGUAUUGAUGAAAGCAAUCGCAAUACCACAAUCAUCAGCGAUGGUCGACUUGUGUAUCAGCUCUACUGUGGCGGUCGUCAGUGCGAACCCAUACAAGUGAUUCACUUGACAUACAUAGCGUACAAACACUAUAGAGUUCACAUCACAUUUGAAAAACUCGAAUCAGUCAACAACAAGUACACCAUCGAAGACAUCACAUUCACCUUUCAGUCAAUUAACACAUCAUUUACCACUCUAUCCAUUUGGUUUCGCUUCUUCUUCCUGUUGAUCGCUUUUUGUGUUAUGUUUUGGUUUACUCAUAGUCUCUAUCGAUUCCCAAUUGCCGACUGGUCUCUGGAGCAAAAGUGGACCUCACUAUUGCUAUCGUUGUUGUUGGUAACCAACAAUCCCUUUUAUCCGAUGCAGUUUCUAUUGGGCUCAUCCCUACCGCGUGUUAUGGAAGUACUAUUUCAGUGUUCACUCAUGAGUGCAGUCCUGUUGUUUUGGUUGUGCUUUUAUCACGGCAUCCGACAGAAUAACCGUUUGCUUUCAACGUUUUAUGCGCCAAAAGUCGGUCUCAUUUUUGUUCUCUGGAUUACAAUGAUCUCAGUUAUGGCCGGUUCGGUGACCAAUCAAUUAGAGAAUCCUAUUUACGAUGAGACCAAACAUUUUCAGAGCUCAACCUUUUUGCAGUUUUCAAAUGCAAUUUUCUAUAUUCUCUUAAUCGGUUAUUUCAUAUACUUAUCACUGCUGAUGAUGUCGGCGUUUACUGAGCUCCGAUCGAUGCCAUACUUCGACAUACGACUAAAAUUACAGUCAUUUUUGAUGAUUUUUGUGUUGACAGUAUCGUUGUUGACAAUAGUAUUAUCUUCGUCGUCAUCAGCCAUCAGUCGAAUACCAUUUCUUCAGAUUCUUCCCUUUAGCUAUUAUUACGGCUCUUCGGCUUCAUUUUUAUCACUUUUCUCGAUAGUAAACCUAUAUAUAUGUAUCUGUGCUUAUUAUUACAGACCGUCACACAAUCAGCACAAUAAUGACUGUCGUGUUGUACGCGACAAUCCCACGCUUUCGAUGAUCAAUGACUCCGAUGAAGAUGUCAUAUAUGGUUCCGACACUGAAGAGCCACUUCAACCUCAGCCCAAACUUAUUGAUACCAAGAAUGACGACGAAGAGAGCGAUUGAUAAUUACUGUGCCAUUA